CAUCCAUCUGCAAGUAGACUGGUACACCUGUCCAAAUACAUUGUUUCCACAGAGUUAGCUCACACAGUUCUCAAUAAUUCUAUAAAGGCCGCACUGGGUACCUCGUCUGUGUUAAACACAAACCUGAACGGAGAAUAGAGUAAACAUAAUUUGCAGAUUACACAAUCACUUAAGAACUUGAGGAUUGAACAACUUUUUUCGUGAUGAAGUUGAUCAUCUUUCUCAGUCUUGUGGCUGCUGUUCUUGGCAAUGACGCCACUAUAGCCAUCGAAAUGUUCACGGCUAUAGACAUAAACAGUGAUAGAGCUAUUCUGCUUGAUGAAAUGAUGACCUGCUUUAACAACGAUGACGUAAACGCCGAUGGAUUUUUGAGCCUUCAAGAAUUCACCGCUGGGAAACAUCCUGGGGCUCCUCCUCUUGACAUCGAAGACGCUUUCAAAUUCUUUGACAAGAGAGACAAGCAGGAAGACGACAGGCUAGAUCGAUCUGCGGCUGUCUUUCUUUUCAUCGGCCUGGACACUAACGAAAACGGUGUAAUUUCGCUUGAAGAAUUCAUAAAAAAUUAUGAAAAGCUCUUCGCAGAUGAUGAAGAAAAUUAAAAUUAAAAUUUAGUUUCU